CCGCAUACAUUUUAUUCUAAUCCAAAACAAAACAAUUAAUCAAAUUAUCCUUGAUUACAGGCAAUAACACAGGUUUUGCUGCUUAAUUUAUCGCCACCCACUUUCUAAUCUACAUUGUUUAAAUGGGUUUUCGAUGCAUUCAUCAUCAUUGUAGUCACAGCUUUCUUUGCAAUAUACAUAUUCUUCUUCGAAAAGUUAAUUAUCAGAGAGAGCUAGGGAAAUGGCUAACCAAGAGAAGCUAAAGAAGGGAUUCAUGUCCUUCUACAAGUCUAAAAUUAAUCACAAGCCAAAGUCUCAGCCAUUGGUUAAUCAUGUGACAGAAAUUCAACCUGAUAAACCAGUUCCAGUAAUGUCACGGCAGAAGUCUCUUAAGUUUUUAUUAAAGAAGCAGCUCGAAAACUGUGAGGAAAGUGGCGAUAAUAAGCCCACAGGAGGAGGAGGAGGAAGAAGUUUGGUUGAGGCGAGAAAGUCGGUGUCUCAGGUAGAAACAAAUGUGGCAUCAGUCAUGUCAUUUCUUCAAGUGAAGGUGUUGGCGUCUGAUAUGCCUGGAUUCAUGCAGGCGCAUGCCUUCAGAAUAGCCCGGCGAACUUAUGAUUCAUUGGAGAAGUUCAGCUCCAAGCACAUUGCUUUUAACAUAAAAAAGGAGUUCGAUAAAGUGUGUGGCCCGGCUUGGCAUUGCAUUGUUGGCUCAAGUUUUGGCUCCUUCGUCACCCACUCCAUAGGUUGUUUCUUAUACUUUUCAAUGGAGAAACUGUAUAUUUUAGUUCUCAAAACAGAAGUUCAGAAAGCUGUAGACUGAACUCAUUUAUGAGAUCGAUGAGAUCAUAGAAUAUUCACAUUGUUUCUUUCUUUUAUCCGUUUCUAUGAGUUGAUUAAUUACAUGAUUUCCCUAAGUUUGUAAAUUAAUGAAGAGUUUGUAAAGUCACAUGUUCAAUGAAGAGUGACAAUCAGCAGAAGAGUCAAAGCAUGCAAUGUCGGCAGCCAGAAUGGACCUGGGGGACCUCUGAGGCUGCUGAUGGCUAUGUUGGCCGCUUGAUGUUUGCCUUUAGACAAAAGGGUGGCUGGCAGAGUCUUGUUUUUUUCUAGCUUACCUCUUAUUUUUUAAGGAUCCCAAGACUUACAUUGCAGGGGUUUAUGCAACUUUAAACUUUGGGUUC